AUGCCGACAAACGCAGCCAGAGGAGGAGGAUCAUCGGGUGGUGGUAAUGGUGGUGGUGGUGGGAGACGAACCAAACACCACCCGAAGUCUCCAACCGAUCAAGUGCGCGUCGAUCGAGAAGAUAUUUUGUUCGGGAACGGGACGGACACGGACAAGGGUAAUUAUGCGCAUAACGGUCGCAACGACGACGACGAGAACAAGACGAACAACAAAGAAUUAUUCGACAGAAAUGGCUUUGAGAAUGCAAAGAUGGGAGAUGAUUCUAUUGAGCGCAGAAAAGAGUACUAUCGAUGGUGGAUGAACGACAACGUGAACGGCGUGGGAUGUUCGCCGUUGACGCUGAUUUUGUUAACGAUUGGGUUCGACGUGGUGAUUGAAAUCACGCGGAAAACGUUAGCGGAGAACCCGGAGGAGGUGAAAGUGUUGCUCUUCUUUUACGAACGGAUGAUGAAUUCAAUCAAGAACUUUUUUGGGUUCAACAAUGGGAGCGCAGGGCUGGAUUUUUCGUCGGCGGCGGGUGGGUUGAGUUUGGUGUGCGAUUCGAGCGCGCUGACCGCCAUCGUCAUUUUUAGCACGUGUAUUCUCAUCGGGUUGAACGACGUGACGUGGACAUCGAAUUCACCGAGGAGAAAUCUGAGCGCGACGGUGACGUAUAUCGCGUGCGUGGCGUUUUAUGCGCAUUUGAUUAUGUAUUACGGGGAGGAUGUGUUGAUGAACGGCGCGGAUGGGAGUUUGGUGAGCAUAUUGAGACAUUUGGAGUGGAUGUUUACGACACCGAUUUUGAUCGUUUUGGCGUAUCAACUGCAAGCAGUUUCGUUCCCGGAGAACGGGCAGAAAAGGAAAGCGAUGUAUUUGUCGGUCGUUUUAGACGAGUUCAUGUUAAUGUUUGGCAUUUUGUGUCACUUUGUCAGCGGGAACAUGUGGUGGUUGAGUUUGUCCCUGGCGAUUUUGUGUUUUAUCUUCGUCAUGUAUAAUAUGGGGUAUUUGUUUUACGAGUUAACGACGAAGUUAGAACACGAGGACGAUCGAUUGAGAUUUUUUAUGCUAGGAGUUGUGCAGUCGAUAUGCUGGAGCUCUUUCCCUGCGGUGUUUUUAGCGAAAGAGUUUAAUUUCAUCUCCGCUCAGAGCGAACACGAGUGGUAUUUAAUCGCAGACGUGUGCACAAAAUCGGCAUAUUCGUAUCUGUUGUGUCAAGGGAACAUUCGAGUGAUUGAUGGUAAAGCAAAGGACGAGUUAGAGGAGUUGCAAUUGUUGACGGAGUUUCAGAGAGAUUUUUUCUACAACAUAACGCACGAAUUGAGAAUGCCGUUGAACUCAGUCAUCGGGUUCAACACUUUGGCCGUGGAAAACGGGAGCAUGGACAAUUUUAGCGGCGAAUUAAUUAAAAAUUCAUUGACGUCUGCGGAAGCUUUGUUAGGCUUGAUUAACCAAGUGUUGGACUACGCCAAAUUUAAUCGAAAGACGAAAGCGAAUAAAAGCGCGAAGCACGGUUUGGAUUUGUCCGAAGAUUCGUUCACGUUGGAACAUUUGCUUUCGCAAACCAUGGACAUCUCGCAACAAGGAUCGACUAGUUUUAAACGGAACGUGGAUAUAUUUUUUGAAGUUAAUCCACCUGAUUUGUUCUGCGAAAACAUCGUCGGCGACUACUUUCGCAUUCGCCAGUGCUUGGUGAAUAUUGUCGACAACGCGAUUAAAUACUCCGCGACGGAGGAAGAAACCAAACGACGAGGGAUCGUAAACAUCGUCGUGAACGGCCGAGUCGACACGUCCGAAGUGUACAUAGAAUUCAACGUCAAAGAUAACGGCGUUGGAAUUCCUAAGAACAAACAACACACGGUUUUUGUUCCGUUUUCGCAACCGACGAAUGAUUCAACUACGAGGAAACAAGGUACCGGUUUGGGUUUAUCCAUCACGCGCGCGAUUGUCGAAUGCAUGGGCGGCACAGUGACGUUCAAAUCCAUGGAGGGCUUCGGUACGACGUUUACAAUCGCUUUAUCCUUUAAACGAAUGAAAGGCAGCGCGAAUGGAAACUCGUUUUCAUCCACCUCGGGUGAAGAAGUCACGCACUUGCCGAAGGAUUUACUGUACGUGGUGUGCGAAAACAGCGGCCCGCGCCGUAGCUUUUUGUUAAACUUAUUGGAGUGCUACGGGAUUGAAGAUAAGAACGUGUUGACGUUAGACGUUAGUCCGUUCUACGCGCCACAAGGACGGAUUCAAAGUACGCUCGAGGAACUCAUCGCGAUUGAAAAAGACUCGACGAUUAAACCGGUGGUAUUUACCUACACGGAAACGUUGAUGGAAAAUAUCGCCGAUUUCGUCGACAUGGACCAUUCCAUGUGCAUAUUCGGCUCGCCCGCGCAGUUGAUCGAUAUCAACAAAGGCCGGUUUGAACACGGAGAAAGUAACGACUUGAACCGUAGAGGAAGACCCCGUGCCUCUAUUUCCGAAAAGGAUGUAGAAAACUUUUUAAAAUCUGCGAAACGACGCGAAACGUGCAUGACGCCGGUGCGACCGGGUGAAUUUUUCAAAGUCGUGAGACGUUUGUGUGGGUUAUUCGCAGACGACGGCACAGAUUCCAGAAUCAACUACGGUAUGGCGGCCCGACCGGAAACUCCAGAACUAGGUGGGGAUGGGAGUCGCGGUGGAAGCGCGAGACAAAGCUUUGAAGCUGCCUCGUCUGGGCAGUUUCGAAACGUCUCCUCAAAACUCAUCGGCGUCGAAGGAGACGCUACCGCGAAUUCCACGAAAGCAAUGGGCGAUGGCGGCGCUGGUAUAGACGAUAAACCCAACGCUGCCAUUUCCGCCGCGGGAUUGAAAAUUCCCGAGCAAAAACGAAAAGUUCCUCCCAAAGACUCUCUGAAACACGAAGCCGAUUGGGAUUUGGACAUUUCGUCCAUGCGCGUUUUGCUGGUCGAAGAUAACUUGAUGAACCAAAAAGUCGCCACGGUUUCCAUGGCGGCGUGUAAUGUUACUACACACAUCGCGGACAACGGCAAGAUUGCCUGCGACGCGUACAAACAAAUUUUAACUGGAGAUAUUCCACCGUACGACGUUAUCUUUAUGGACCAAAUGAUGCCUAUAAUGAACGGGACCGAAGCGACCGUGUGCAUUCGUGAGAUGGAAAGCGAAGCCAGAAAACAAUUUGAAAACGGCGAGUUGGCUAAAGAGCCACCCGCGAGCGCUUUGAUUGUCGGUUUGAGCGCGAAUGUUGGCCCAGAACACGUCAGCGCGAUUCAAAAAGCAGGAAUGGACGGAACCUUGUCCAAACCGUUUUACCCGAGCACGUUGCGAGGAUUGUUGCGAGACGUGUAUCUGGGUAGAUACAUGGGAUUCCGCGAAGCCGACAGCGGAUACGUGAAGAACGCGCAGGCGAAACCAGGCAAUUAA